AUGGUUCAAAGUGCACAAAUGCUAUUUGAAUUGCUUGAUAGCAAAAUUGAUGAGAUUGGUGAGGAUUAUGUCAUUCAAGUUGUGACUGACAAUGCUUCAAACUAUAAGUUGGCUGACAGAAUUUGGAAAGAAAGUGGAAGAAACGGUGUUUUUGUACCAUUUUGGAACACUGUGGAGGAUUUUAUUAGAGCAUCUAAGCCACUUAUUGUUGUUUUGAGGAUUGUUGAUGGUGAUGAGAGGGCUGCAAUGCCUGAAGUUUAUGUUGCUAUGGAAGAGGCAAAAAAGAAAAUACGUGAACAUUUAGCACAUAAAGAACGGCUGUGGAAGAAAAUUAUAAGUAUCAUUGACAGGCGUUGGGAGUGUCAGAUGGAGCGUCCAUUGUAUGGAGCCGCACUAUUUCUUAAUCCCGAAAAAUUUUUCAUGUUCAAGGAAAAUGAAAAUGGCGAACUGAUUGCCAAUCUACACAUCUCAUUGGUUGAUGUCAUGACCAGAUUGGUAGUUGACCCUGCUAUACAAGACAAGAUAACUUUGCAAAUUGAUGAUUAUAGAUAUUCAAAGGGUUGUUUCGGGAGGGAUAUGGCGAUUAGACAACGGACAACCAUAAAUCCUAUUACUUGGUGGAGUACAAAUGGAGGUCGUGCUUUUGAGCUUUCAAAGCUUGCACGACGCAUACUAGGCCUUUAUUCAUACCAAAAGAGGAAUAGACUGGAACAUUCUCGUUUGAAUGAUCUAGUCUAUGUUCAAUACAAUAGCUGCCUCCAUGAAAGGUUUCAACAGAGACAGGAAGAUUUAGUCCAUCCCAAUGAUGAUCUCACGUGGGAUGAUGUUGGUAGAGCAAUGGGGGCAUCGAUUGAAGCCCCCAUCCGACCAAGGAGAACUCAAGCAUCAACCUCUAGAGCCGAUGUGACAUAUUCACGCCGUGGACAUGCUAGAGGGAGAGGUAGCUCAAGGAUGGCUGAUGUUCAGGAUGACUGUGAGCUAGAUGAAGAUGAGGAAGAAGAGGAAGAUGAUGUGAAUGACGACGAGAAUGUCGUAGAUGACUAUGUUGGUGUCGAAGAGCCACGACAAGAAAAUCGCCAAAUGCGGAUCUUUUAG